GCAGCGCUAUAUGCAUUCAUUUGGCGGCAAGCGCUGCACAACUACAAUUGCAAUCUCGCAGUUUGUUUUCGUGAGCGUACGGAGCACGCUUUACUACGCUCCCGUUAAUUAAUUGAUUAAACACGGUUAACCAUAAAAGGACACUGUAGCUAUUUUAGUGCAAAUGUAAUUUGUUGAUGUUGCUUACGUGGCUAACUCUGCAAAAAAAAAAAAAAACAGCUGUUCAAACUAAACAAAUUAGUUUAGUAACGAAAACUAAGAAAAACACAAUAGAAGUGCGGGUACCUGUGGAAAGGGCGCAACAAUUGUAGGCAGUGGGAAUCGAAACGAACAAAAGGCAGGCAACAAGGAGAAACGAAAACAAGAGAGAGAGAGGCCAGUGAGAGAGGGAGAACAAAAUGACGGACGAAUGCAUAACAAGAACCUUCAGUGCUCUCAGCUAUGGAAAUGGCAGAGCAAGCAACAGCAACAACAUUAAUGCUGCUGAUAGCAUCGAUGCACAAGGAGAAGCCAGCUCUGGCUCUGGCGGAGUUGGUGGUGCAGCCUCUGCUGCUGCCUCUGCUUCUGCUGCCGCCGCCGCCAUCGUCGCAACCACCGUUAAUAAAUAUGUGGCUCGGAUGCCGGUAGAUCGAUAUGCCAGAGAGUACAAUAUGAAUCACAAGCACCGUGGAUUAGCGCUCAUAUUCAAUCAUGAAUUCUUCGAUAUACCCUCGCUAAAGGCGCGCGCCGGCACCAACGUGGACAGCGAGGAGCUGCGCAAGGCACUCAAGCGUCUGGACUUUGAAGUGUCCGUGCACAAGGAUUGCAAAUUGCGCGACAUCCUCAAACAUAUUGAGAAAGCUGCCUCGCAGGAUCACAGCGAUAAUGAUUGUAUAGCGAUUGCCAUAUUAUCGCAUGGCGAACAUGGCUACAUCUAUGCCAAGGAUGUGCAGUAUAAACUGGACAAUAUUUGGCACUAUUUCACUUCACACAUUUGCCCAACGCUCGCUGGCAAACCGAAGCUAUUCUUCAUACAAGCCUGUCAGGGCGACAGACUCGAUUCGGGCAUAAUGCUGGAGAAGAAUGUUACGGAAACCGAUGGCGAAUCAUCGAUGAGCUACAAAAUACCCAUACACGCCGAUUUUCUAUUCUCAUACUCAACAAUUCCAGGGUAUUAUUCCUGGCGCAACACUACAAACGGCUCGUGGUAUAUUCAGUCGCUCAUUCAAGAGCUGAAUGAGAAUGGAAAAAAGUACAACAUUCUCACACUGCUCACCUUCGUCAGUCAACGUGUAGCUGUCGAUUUUGAGUCGAACGUGCCUUCGACACCCAUGAUGGAUCGUCAGAAGCAAAUUCCGUGUGUGACGUCAAUGUUGACUCGCAUACUGCGCUUUACGGACAAACCCUUGAGCAGCAAGGCUGGCUAAAAUGCAUUUUUAUAAGAUCUUGAAUUAUUUGCCGACGCCUCGCCUCACCGCACCUAACCUCCCUGGAUUCCAUUUGACUUUAAGUUUACCAUUUAUUUAAUUGUUAAUAUCACAAUGUUUGGGCAGGAACAAAGCCCAAAGUCCUCUUCCAUUGUCAUUUGGCGCAAAAUAUAUUUCUAUAUUUAAGCAAUACAUACAUAAGAACUACAUGAACAAUACAUAUACAUAUAUAUUUGAUAAACAUUAUAAACAUCAACUAAUACAAAUGAAGUGCAGACUGAAUUAAAUGAAA